AUGUUGUUCACCAAGCAAAACGUGGCAGCCGCCCUCGUGGUGCUCGCCGAGGGAACUCAGGCUCGAAGCUUCCGGGUCUUCCCCCGCCAGCAAGGCUACGGCUAUGCCAACGAUACUACUACCGUAGCCGGCUAUCCCACGCUCCCAACCUCCGAGACGACAUCCAGUGUUUUGGCCGUUUCUACCGGCACUUCUAGUGUCAGCACGACCUAUGUCACACCAUCGAGCUCGGCGGCCGGCAGCUCCUCCGCCGCCGCAGUUACCGGCAGCUCCUCCGCCGCCGCGGUCACCGGCAGCUCCUCCGCCGCCGCAGUCACCGGCAGUUCUUCUGCCGCCGCGGUCACCAGUGCAUCGGUCCCAGUCGUGGCCUCAAGCUCUGCAAUCCCCUCCUUCCCGAACACAACGACUACCGCUGGAACGGGAGCUGUGACCGGAGGAGCUAGCCUGACCACCUUGACCAUCUCCGCAACUUCCAUUGCCACCGUCAUCUCUUGCGCCCCCACUGUCACCAACUGCCCCGCCGCCUCGGAGACAGCCGCUAUCUCUUCGCUCAGCGACGCUGUUUCAACCGUAUUGGUCACCAGCACGUUCGACUUGACCACCACUGUCUGCCCCGUCAGCGAUGUCCCGCACAUAUCUUCUUCGGCCUUGGCUUCUUACAGCUCCGCGCCAGUUCAGGCAACAACCACCCCCACAAGUGCUUCCGUCGGCGCCAGCUCGACCGAUGCUGUUAGUUUCACGGGUAGUGCUGGUCCCUCGGGCGUCGUUCCCUCAGGCAGUGCUGGUCCCUCGGGCGUCGUUCCCUCAGGCAGUGCUGGUCCCUCGGGUGUCUUCCCCUCGGGAUCUGCUAUCCCCUCCGGCGGUGCUAGUCCCUCGGGCGUCUUCCCCUCUGGCGGUGCUGGCCCCUCUGGUGUCUUCCCCUCCGGUGGCGCUGGUCCUUCGGGCGUUUUCCCCUCGGGCGGUGUCUUCCCUUCGGGCACUGCUGGAUCCUCGACUGUUGCUAUCGCCACUGGUCCCUCGGGUAGUGCUAUCCCCACCGGCCCCUCGGGUGGUGUAGCUCCCUCGGGCAGUGCUGGAUCCUCGACUGCUGCUAUCGCCACUGGUCCCUCGGGUAGUGCCAUCCCCACUGGUCCCUCUGGUGUCUUCCCCUCGGGCGGUGCUGGUCCCUCUGGUGUCUUUCCCACUGGCGGCGCUGGAGCUAGCGGAACAUCCGCUGUCGGCUGGAAUGCGACAGCAACCUACCCGGUUGUUGGUGGCUCAAGCGCAACAGAAGGAGUCACCACUACGUCUGCACAGGCAGUUUCUCCGGUCGUUUCCGUCAUCACCGUGACUGCCGGCCAGGGAUCCUCAGCCUCAGCUAUCACCAGCACCGUAACUUUCUCCGCUCCGGCGGGCGUUACCACUCCCGUCGUGUCAGUCGUGACCCAGACUAUUGGAACUGGCUCUGGCGCUACAGCAGUUACCAACACCGUCACCUUCACUGCUCCCAGCUAUGAAACGUCCUCGGUUUCUCCCGAGAUGACCACUGUCACCAUGGGAGGUGGCGCAAGCGGACCGGCCACCAUUGUGACCAUGACCGCCCCCAGCGCCAUUGGCCCUGCCCUGUCCACGGUAACUGAGACUGUCAGUGGUGGAAGCACGGUGACUGAGACCGUCGGUGCUGGAAGCACGGUGACCAAGACCGUCGGUGGUGGAAGCGCAGUUACUUCCACUGUCACCAGCGCCGUCACCUCCACUGUGAUCUCCGUUUCGACGGUUACCGCUACCCCAUCGGGCAUGUGCCCUUGUGCUCCUACGCCCCUGGGCAGGAACUAG